UACUGAUGAUAAUUGAGAUUAUUUAGAUCAAUUCUAAAAUUAGACGUGGUGGAUCGAAGUACUAUGUAUGUACAUUGAUUCGAUAAAGGUCGUAAUUUUAAAUUAGGGAAAGUCACACGCAAAUCAACGUCAAAUUUUUGUUUGCAUGCGAACUAUUUUAUUUAUUCAGUAGUUCUAGAUCUUGGUUAACAUGUACCAAGGACUUGAGUUCGGGUGUUUUUCAUGGCUCAAAGUUGGUGCAAUGCAGUCUUGCCAAAGAUGCAAAAUCAUGGACAGUAGUAAAAUAUUAGAAGUAACUGAUUCCUCCACAUUAUUAUAUUAUAUACAUAUUUAAGUGCAUAGUGCAAUUUAAAAAACUGUAUCAAAAGGGAAUUUGUGCAAUCAUUGAGUAAAAUCUGCAACGAUGUUCUGUCGUAAGAUUAUUUUAGCUUGGCUAGUUGUAACGAUCAACGCAAUUUCUGCACAGAACAAUCGACCUAUAUUCAAGUAAAUAAUUUUAGUAAUUUUAAUUAUCUUAUAAAAUAUACAAGCUAUUAAACAAUGUAAUUAUUAGACUAUUUGGAAACUGGGAGACAUAUUUGGAAAUGAGUAAAUUUCUAUCAUAUUCAAUUCAGAAAUUCGACGAUGGAAUUUCGUGUCAUACAAUUAUUUGGGACUAUGAAUUGUCGUGUGUGGUGGAUUACAUGAACUUUUGCAAUGAUGAGGUCUGCAUCCCCAAAUACCUUCACCAAUUUGACGGAAACUUUUCUGAAGAUUUUACAAAAAGUAUUAAAGUAUCCUACAAGCAACAGUGUCAGUCGUAUAUUUUUCUAUUAUCCAAAAGCACCGAUGUGAUUCAGUUGCUACAUUAUGGAGAUGAAUUUCGAACAAUUGAUACACAUGCACGAUUUUUAAUUUGGUAUGGACAGGAAGAUAAAGUUUUUGAGGCUGACGACAUUUGGAGAAAGCUGCCGAACGUCGUAUUUUUUCAUACCAAAUUAAACCGUCGCCCAUCAAGAAGAAAGACGAUCUCUUUCAAAGUUCUAUCUGUGAAAUGGCCCAUAAUGCCAAAUUCGACUGAAUCAGCCACAGGGAUAAUGGAUUUUUGGAGAAAUGGUCGUCUCGCCAAGGAUGAGGACAGUUGGUUUCGUGAUAAAACAAACAAUCUUAGAAACCUUACUUUGAAGUGUCUCACGGUUGAGCAUCCACCUUCAAUCAUUAAAUACCGGAGUUUGGAUGGAUAUAUUGAAUAUGCCGGGACCGAGAUGGAAGUGCUAAAGGAGCUUGCAAUCAUAAUGAAUUUUAACUUUGAUAUUCUCGACGCUGACCCCAUGACCAAAUGGGGAGGAGUUUCAAUUGAAAAUGGGUCAGAAUUUCUUUAUGGAGCAGUUGCUCGUCUUGCCAAUGAUGAGGUUGACAUGGCCCUGGGCUCAUUUAUUGUUUUAACGAAAAACCUGGAAUAUUUGGACAUGAGCAUUCCCUUGGACGUGGCAUGCACUUCCUUUCUCGUAGCGAAUCCUCUCCCACGACCCAGAUUUUUGGCCCUCAUUCUCCCAUUCCAGCUUAGCUUGUGGAUACUGGUUGUGACAAUUUGUCUUAUUUUUGCACCACUCGCCUUUUACUUAUUGGCCAAGCUGCCUUUGCAUGCGAUGGAAUACAGAAUGUUUGCCACAAAAUGGAAUUCUAUCAUUACGUCAAUUUCAAUCAUGAGCCAAGUAGCACUCCACGUUUGGCCAAAAUUUUGGCCAAUAAGGUUGCUUAUUGGAUGGUAUUGGAUUUUCUGCUUGUUGAUAACUCUUGCUUAUCGAUGUGCAAUGGUUUCUUUUCUCACGAUUCCACUGUUUGAACCAACAAUUGAUAACUUGAAAGAUUUGGCUAAUUCAAAAUUUCGUGUUGGUGGCUGGGGUCCUGGACUUAAAAACUUAUUUACGCAAGAAAUUAAAAGUGAUGAUGCAAAUGAUGAUAAAGCGAGGCAAUAUCUAUCAGGAAUUUACGAGCUAGUGCCAGAUUAUGAUACUGGUCUGAAUUUGGUGGCUGAAAGGAAAUUCGCAAUGUAUGAGAAUGUGAGAUAUCUCAAAUUUAUGCUAAGAACUCGAAAUGUUUCAAAAAUUGGAUCUCCAACGAUGAGAGUUAUGAAGCAAUGCAUUCUGCCUGUCCAUAUUGGCAUCGCUUAUCAAUGGAACUCUCCUAUUGCGCCAAAAAUUAAUACGCAUAUUCGCCGAUUUCAAGAGUCGGGUCUCAUGAGAAAGUGGUCCCAACGCCUGAUUGCAAAAACGAAAAAGUACUUUCAAGAUAAGUUGGAGGCAAGUUCCACAACAGACGAUGAGCAAAAUGAGGACGAUUCAGAAAGCGAAGAAUCUGAAGCAGAAGUCGCAGCAGCCAGUGGCAGCACUAAAGAGAGAAAGCAACGUGUCUUAUCAAUGCGAGAUUUACAGGGACCCAUAUACCUUAUCAUAUUUGGAAUCAGCAUUUCAAUCAUUGCAUUCUUGGUGGAAUUAUUUACAAAUCGGUCAAAGGUGAAGAGAAAGUUGCUUACACAAAUUCCUAGCAGGUUUCCUCGCGGAACUUCAUUUGACGUGUUCACAAAGAUAAGCGAGAAGGCACUGAAGGUGAAGACGGACCGAGAGCUUAAAGCAAUUCUAAGAGAAAUGGGAAAACUUCCGAAGAGAAAGGAUAAACUUAAAAGACUCGUAAAAAGGAAAGUGAGAGAAAUUAGGAAUUUUCAUAGGAAAGAUGAAAUGAUAUUUCCUUAUAUUGAGUAAAUUCAGCAGAUCAUUAAUUUAUCAAAUUAGCAAGAUUGUUAUUAUUUCCUAAGACAUAAUUAUUACAAAAUUUCAAAUAUAUGUUUGUGCAAGAGCCAGAUUAUAUGGCAUAAAGAUGAAUGUAAUAAAUUGUAUGGGUUUAA